AUGUCUGCGGAGCAGGUUGAGAUACAUAAGAAUCAUUGCUUUGAUGCCAUUAGCCAGGCUAUUUUGUGUCAUGGUGACAUCUCGUUAAUCUACUGGUGGGAUCCCAACUAUACGUAUAUUGACGAUGACGGCACAGAGCGGUAUAUGGAGGACUACCUACAAAAGACCCCUAAGGAGCGACAGGUGGGACUACAUGCUUCAUGGAGCUCUGAAGUACAGUGUCGGGAUAUGGAUGCAAUUAACACCCGGGUCAAGGCACGUAUUGUUGAUCCUGAAAAAUAUGGAGGCAGGGAUGGUGAUUGA